AGCGUAUAUAGUGUGUAUAUAUACAUACAAAUACAUUAAGCAACAACGAUGACGAUAGUAAUAACAACAAUAUAAUAUCAGGGGCACGAGGCGGACGUUAUUUGCAAGGAACUCCAUUAUAUAGGGCUCGCUGAAAGCGGAAGACAAUCCUGCAUUAGCAGAUAUGCAGUCAGAGCAGUCGUGCACGUCAGAGAAGAGUGUCUGGACUCGGGUGGUAGACCUAAGAUACAUGGUAAUGUCGCAGUGUAGUGGAUUGAUCUAGAUGGGGGUGGAUGCAUGCAUACAUUUAAAUGUGUGAAGGUAGUGUGAUAUGAGUAGGCAUGAUUGUUGAGAUGCGUAGAUACUACGAAUCUUUAUCGCGGCCACUUGGUGCUUGGACAGGAGAGACAGAGACGGAGACAGAGAGACAGAAGACAAAGACAGAGACAGAAGAGACGGGUAAACGUCUACCUACGCAGUCCGUCCAUUCCUCGCGUUGGAUGAAGCGUCACUUGCGGGAGAGUCACAAUUCGUUCCCUGCUAAGUACGUGCUUGCUUUACUACAGUACCUGCGGACAUACGCCAUCCGCUACGACACAAUCAGCGGGGUGAAAGCUUCAGCCCCCUCAUUCAUCUGCUAUGGGACGCCCAUCGUUGCAAGGAGCUUACCUAGUGUAGGCGAAGAGCCCAGUAUCCAUCUCCGAUACAGAGUACCUAGCUCAGGUAUCCGUAGACGGAAAGCGCGGUACCUUCCGACAGGUCGACUCAACUCGACGGGAGACUCCUACCUCGCACCAUCUCCUUUCACUAUGUGUCUCCUCAUCGUCGAGGCUCAAACGGAAGGUCUACGCCCUGUGCGCUCGUACAUGGCCGACAACGGUGAACGUCUUGGUUCUCGAUGACGG